AGAGCUGAGAAACGACAAAAGCGGCUUGCGUCUGGCGGCGGGCUGCAGCGCGCAGGCGGUGUGUCGACUCCUCCUGAACCGGCUCGAGGUGUCGGCUCCGACUCUGCCCCGAGCGGUGGGUGACGUCACGCGCCACCGAAGCGACGGCAUCGCCCACGGCGAGGUCGGCGAGGGUCGGCCAGGUGCUCCAGGUCAACUGCGAAGACAAGCUGCACCGACCGGGGGGCCUCGCACAGCGUCCGUCAGUCGGUCGCAUCGUCACGAACGGCGGAAAUCACCGGAACAACGGCCUAAACCGUGUGAACCACGGCCGAAACCGUGAAACCGCCCACAAACCAUCGCGUCGCUCCGUGCGCGACGAGAGCCGACAGCCUGUGAACGCCGCCGCUGAGUGCCGCGCCCCUGAGCACAUCACAGACGGCACAGCUUGACCGGAGCUCAGCUGACCCCUGGCGUGACCUGCUGACGUCCCGCCGCGGCCAUGGACAAGUACGAGAGCCUGGGUAUCGUGGGAGAGGGCUCGUACGGGGUGGUGGUCAAGUGCCGUCACAAGGAGUCCGGCCAGAUUGUCGCCAUCAAGAAGUUCCUGGAGGGCGAGGAGGACGCCCAGGUGAAGAAGAUCGCUAUGAGGGAGGUCCGCAUGCUCAAGCGUCUACGGCACGAGAACCUGGUGAACUUGAUUGAGGUGUUCCGGCGGCGGCGGCGACUCUGCCUGGUGCUGGAGUUUGUGGAGAGCACGGUGCUGGACUUGCUGGAGGCGAAGGAGGAGGGUGGCCUAGAGCCGGCAGCCGUCCGCAGCUACAUCUUUCAGCUGCUGCGGGGCCUCGAGUUUUGCCACACUCAGAACAUCAUUCAUCGCGACAUCAAGCCCGAAAACGUGCUCAUCUCCAAUCUCGGAGUGGUGAAACUAUGCGAUUUCGGCUUUGCCAGACCCCUAGCGGGCCCCGGAGAGAACUGCACUGACUAUGUCGCCACCAGAUGGUACCGGGCUCCGGAGCUGCUCGUCGGCGACACUCGAUACGGAAGGGAGGUGGACGUGUGGGCGGCCGGCUGCCUGUUCGCCGAGAUGCUGACGGGGGACCCGCUGUUUCCGGGCGACAGCGACAUUGACCAGCUGUACCUCAUCAUACAGACCACCGGUCCGCUCUCAAAGGCGCACGUGGAGCUGAUGAGCAACAACCCGGCGCUGUCGGGCCUCCGACUCAACACGGUGCUGCGGCCCAGGUUCAGCGCCAAGUUCCCACAGUGGCCGGAGCUGCAGGUGCACUUCCUGCAGGACUGCCUGGAGAUGGACCCUCAGCAGCGCCCCGGAUGCCGGGAGCUGCUGCAGCACGACUUCUUCACGCACGACCAGUUCCCGCAGCGGCAGCUGCCCGAGAUCAAGCGCAAAAUCCAGCAGGAAUUCACGUCCAAUUCACUGGGAAGAAAAUUUGGCAGCCUCACAAUAGGCAAGAAACGAAAAAGCAACAAGCUGGCAUUGAAUAAAGAAAACCAAGAGAACCAAGACGGCAAAAACGAGAAAGACAGCCGCGACCCGCUGAAGACCUCGCCAUACAGGCAGAGCCAGGCCCGGAUCUCGGUGGGCCGCCUGGUCGGCUCGCAGCGGCCAGAGCCGGCCGACAGCCGGCCGGAGCCGUCGACGGCCAUCCCGCCGAUCGCCGAGCCGCCGCCGCCGCCGCCGCCGCCGGCAGCACCCUCCCACGGCUGGGUCAAGGACACUCUCAUCGGCUGGGGCGUGCCCGGUCUGGCCAGUGACCCGCUGACUGCCCUGCUGCACCGGUCCUCGGAGCGACCGCGACCUCUGGCGCCGGUGGCCGGCAGCCGCUCGCCGGCCGUUCUGCGCCGGGGCAGGGAGACGCCGGCCUGCUCCACCUGCCAGGAGGUCACAGCCCGGGGGCACGCCGCCCUCUCCGAGAAACUGUCGCCGCGGCUGGCGACCGUCGAGCGCGCGCUGCAGCAGCGGAGAACGUCCGAGGCCCGCGCCCGGCCCGGCCUCUCACUGCCCAACGUACCGGGCGCAGGUGAGCUGGACCGGGGCUGA